UCUGCAUCCAUCAUUUUUUAUCUGCAUGAAACACAUUGUAAAGAAGCCAAUGGAAUCUAUUCCAACAUCCCAGGCAUGGAACCUCCACAAAGAUGGGAAGGUAUUAGACAUCAUGGACUCCAACCUCUCCUCCUACAGCACCGACGAAGCUUUUCUAUGCAUCCAAAUCGGUCUCCUGUGCUGCCAGGCCAUCGUAUCCGAUCGACCGGACAUGUACAACGUUCAUCUCAUGCUCUCCAGCGACUCGUUCAACCUGCCAAACCCCGGCAUGCCGGGAAUAAGGGGAAGGACUGGAGGUUGGAUUAGCACCUCUUCAGCUCUCUCAAACACCAACACAGACAAACGUAGUAGCACAAAUACUGGCACUGAAAUAACUAAGGUAUCCACUUUGUCUAAUUUAGGGGAAUCCUCAUCAAGUUCUACUUUGUACAGUACUGUAGAAGACUAUUCAAGGAAUUCAAUUUCUGUUUCUUUGACUUCUGCUGGAAGGUGAUGGCUUUCUGAACAGGAUUUAGGAACUUUUGAUUGUGCACAGACUUUUAUGGAAUAGAAAUGUGAAUGCAUUGCAGUUGGUUCUUUUGAUUGAUUUGGUUUAGUUUCAAUCAGAUGGGGCCCCAAGACUUUCAUAUUUACAUAUGUAUGGCUCAAAGCAUUGUGUUAAUUCAUGUAAAUCAAGCGAGUUAACACCAUAAAAGGGAAAAAUAUUU